AUGCCAUGCCUCCGCAAAUCUGCAGUAGGCGCAGCAGGCCAAUGCGGCUCUGACGGCAAGAACUGCGGACAUACGUGGAAUACCACUAUUUCAGAUGGAACUCGAGGUGUGGGCGAGCAGAUGGGUGCAUUAGCCAUUGUUCAAGCCAUGAUGUUGAAUAACGCUGCUAUCAAGCCUCCGUAUACGGUUUCAACGGGUGGGACCAGCAAAUCUGAUCCCAGUGCUGGAACGGAUGGCUCUGAUGUUGGUGGAGAGAUGGGUGGUGAACAUAUUUCUAGGCGAGAGAUUACUACUGCGGAUCGUAUCGGAGCAGGUGCGAUUACUGCUGGAGUGUUGUUGUUCCUCAUCGGCGGAACUACAUGGUUAGUAUGGGCUGGUUGA